GGCAGUGCUAAACAACCUGCUGGACUUGGACAACUUGUUGCUGAACAUGACCCCAAGACUACAGGAGGAGGAGGAGGAGAUGCAGGAGGAGCAGGAGAUCCUGGCCCUGCAAAACAACCUGCUGGACUUGGACAACUGGUUGCUGAGCAUGACCUCAAGACUGGAGGAGGAGGAGGAGAUCCUGGCACUGCAAAACAACCUGCUGGACUCGGACAACUGGUUGUUGCACAUGAACCCAAGACUGCAGAAGGAGGAGGAGAUGCAGGAGGAGCAGGAGAUCCUGGCACUGCAAAACAACCUGCUGGACUCGGACAACUGAUUGCUGAACAUGAACCCAACAGUGGAGGAGAAGGAAGAGGAGAUGCAGGAGCAGGAGGAGAUCCUGGCACUGCAAAACAACUUGCUGGACUAGGACAACUGGUGGCUGAACAUGAACCCAAGAGUACAAGAAGAGGAGAAGAUUCAGGAAGAGCAGGAGGUCCUGGCACUGUAAAACAACCUGCUGAAUUGGAACAACUGAUUGCUGAACAUGACCCCAAGACUACAGGAGAUGGAGCAGGAGGAAGAGGAGAAAAUAAAGCAGAAGAGGAUAUCAUGGGACAAACAGUGAAUGAAGAAUCAAUGGAUGUCAAGAAGGACAAUCAAGAAAAAACUACUCAUUCAAGUACAUCUACUGUGGAAAGCAAUUAUUUUGACUGGGACAAGUAUUUGAAAGAGACUGGUUCUGUACGUGCUCCUUCAGAAUACUUCAGACAGUCUCAGACUCCACCAACUAAUGAAUUCCAAGUUGGUAUGAAAUUGGAAGCCCGUGACCCUCGCAAUAUUGGUUCAGUGUGUGUUGCUUCUGUUAUUGCAACUACUGGGGCCAGAUUACGUUUACGACUGGAUGGUAGUGACAAUAAGAAUGAUUUUUGGAGACUUGUUGAUUCAUCAGACAUACAGCCUGUUGGGACAUGUGAACAGGAAGGAGAUUUACUUCAACCUCCACUGGGGUACAGAAUGAAAGUUUCAUCUUGGCCCAUGUUCUUACUACGAACACUAACUGGAUCUGAACUGGCACCUGCAGUAUUCUUUAAGAAGGAACCACCACCACCACCCCUAAAUAAUUUUAAAGUGGGGAUGAAGAUUGAAGCUGUCGAUAGAAAAAAUCCAUAUCUGAUCUGCCCUGCCACAAUUGGAGCUGUCAAAGGAGAUCAAAUUCAUGUUACUUUUGAUGGAUGGAGUGGAACAUUUGAUUACUGGUGCAAAUAUGACUCCCGGGACAUCUUCCCAGUUGGAUGGUGUUGCCUCACAGGAGAUGUAUUGCAGCCACCAGGAAAUACUGCUGAAAAGAAACCAAAGAGCAGAGGAGCAACUAGACCUUGGAAAGAUGGAGCCACAGCUUUGGAGACUGAAGGAGCAGCCCCAGAAGCUGCAGAAAAAUCCAAGGGCAGUGUAUUCACUAACCCUUUUGUGGAUGAAGACAGACCUGUGAAAGAUGACCAAACAGCCCCAGGUUGGAAAAAACCCAAGGGCAGAGGAUUCACCAAACCUGGGAAAGAUGAAGUCAGACCUGGAAAAGAUAACCAAGCAGCUCAAGUUGCGAAAAAUCCCAAGGGCAGAGGACUCUCCAAACAUUGGGAAGGUGAAUCCAGACCAGGAAAAGAUGUUAAAACAGCCCCCGCUGGGAAAAGACCCAAGGGCAGAGGACUCCCCAAACCUAGGGAAGGUGAAUUCAGACCAGGGAAAGAUGUUCAAACAGCCCCAGCUGAGAAAAAACGCAAGGGCAAAACAGUCACUAAACUAUGGAAAGAUCAAGCUGGACUUUUUGAAGAUGAAGAAGCAGGUCCAGCUGAGAAGAAACGCAGGGGCAAAACAGUCACUAAAACAUGGAAAGACCAAGCUGGACUUUCUGAAGAUGAAGAAGCAGGUCCAGCUGAGAAAAAACGCAAGGGCAAAACAGUCACCAAAACAUGGAAAGACCAAGCUGGACUUUUUGAAGAAGCAGGUUCAGCUGAGAAAAAACGCAAGGGCAAAACAGUCACCAAAACAUGGAAAGACCAAGCUGGACUUUUUGAAGAUGCAGAAGCAGGCCCAGCUGAGAAGAAACGCAAGGGGAAAACAGUCACCAAACAAUGGAAAGGCCAAGUUGGACUUUUUGAAGAUGCAGAAGCAGGCCCAGCUGAGAAAAAACGCAAGGGCAAAACAGUCACUAAACUAUGGAAAGAUAAAGCCAAACUUUUUGAAGAUGAAGCAAGCCCAGCUGGGAAAAAACGCAAGGGUAAAACAGCCACCAAACAAUGGAAAGACCUAUCCAGGUUUUUUGAAGACGAAGAAGCAGGCCCAGCUGAGAAAAAAUACAAGGGCAAGACAGUCACCAAACGUUGGAAAGACCAAGGCAGACCUUUUGAAGAUGAAGAAGCAGCCCAAGCUGAGCAAAAACGUAAGCGCAAAAGAGCCAGCAAAUUUUGGAAAGAGCAAGCCAAACUUUUGGAAGAUGAAGAAGCAAUUCCAGCUCUUUUCUCAGCUCUUUCAGUGAAAAGUACAGAGAACACACCGCCUUCCUCUGAUGAACAACCAAAAUCUUCCACCUCCAAAGGGGCUCGAUCUUCAAAGAAGUCUCCACGGAAAACAACUAUUGUGACACCAGUGUCAAAGAAAAGCAAGAAAUCAGGACAAACUAAGCCAACUGGAGAUACUUCAGCUACUAAGAAAGUCAUUACUGCUAAGCUUGUCGAACCAAAUAAAAAAGGUGGACAGUCAGGAAAAAAGGAAAAGUGUAUUCCAGUUGUGUCUUCUACAUCUUCAGCUUCUCUCAGUUCACUGAUGAGAAGAAGCUCCUCAUCUAGUAUGUCUUCUAUGGAGCCAAGUAAAAUAGUGAUGUCUACAGUCUGUGUCUACAUAAAUAAACAUGGAGAUUGUGGCCCCUACCUGGAUCCACAGAAAGUUCGGCAGCUGCCUAACCACUUUGGCCCAGGCCCUGUGAAUGUGAUUCUCCAGAGGACUGUGCAGGCCUGUGUUGAUUGUGCCAUUGACACCAAGACUGUGUUUUUAUUUCUUAAGCCAGACAAUCGAGGAGGAGAAAUAAUAACUGCCUUCUUUGAUGGGAAAGUUCAUACUGUUCAGCUCCCUCCAGUGAAUAGUGCAUCAUUUGUGCUUCGCUUUCUUGAAAAUUUCUGCCAUAGCCUUCAGUGUGAUAAGUUUUUGAGUAGCCAGCCUUUCAAACGUAAGACUACUACAGACCUUGAUCAAAACAAAUCAGCAGUAAGUGAGGAACUAAAGGAAAGGAGAUGCUUCAAACGAUGUUCUCAGCGACCUCUACCUGCCUCAUCAAAGGUCCCCAGAAAGACGGGACGAACCUCUAAAGUAUUGUCUCCUGAGGGACAUGGCAUGUCUAAAAUGAAAAGUUUUCCUGAAACUUCUGAGAAUUCAUCAAUAGGUGAUUCUUUGUAUCCUGCACUUACUUCAGUCUCCAAGAAUGUUUCUGAGAUUGUGUCAAAUACCUCAAGUACAUCUAUAAUUUUGAAAAAGUCAUCUACCUCGACAACUUAUAAGCACAUUAAAUUCCAGUGGAAGAAGAAAAAUGAAGCUUCAAGUUAUAUAGCUGUACCAGACCCCAGUGUCCUGAAACAAGGCUUCUGUAAGGACCCUGCAACCUGGUCUGUGGAUGAAGUGAUACAGUUUAUGAAACAUACAGAUCCUCACAUAUCAGGCCCCCUCGCCGACCUCUUCAGGCAACAUGAAAUUGAUGGGAAAGCUCUGCUACUACUGAAGAGUGAGCUGAUGAUGAAGUAUAUGGGGCUGAAAUUAGGACCAGCAUUAAAACUGUGUUACUACAUUGAAAAACUAAAAGAAGUAAAAUAUAAUUGAAAAUGUGCAAAUUUUGAUUAGAGACAAUUCUCAGGUAUACUGAAAAUAUUUUACAUUAAAAGUAGUUUUCUUCUCAUCAUUUUUUAUUGUAUAAAAAGUUUUUAUAAAAAUAUUUUAUCAAAAUUGUAGUACAGUUACAUUGAUAGUAUACUCUUAUUCCUUAAAUACCAUUGAAUAUGUUUUAUUGGCAUACUUAUAACUGGCAAUUUAUUAUUUAUGUCUUUAAUUAUUUUUAUUGUGUUUACAAGUGUACUUCAUGUAGCAAACAGAGGAAAACUUUUUAUUUGGAUUUCUCUUUAUAUCUAGAACCAAAUAACUAAACCCCAAUGGGGAAAAUACCAGCAACUUAACCUCUAUUAUAAGAACAUGAGAAUUUUUCCUCAAAAGAGAAUUUAAAGAUGCACUUAAGCUCUCAUCUCCUUCCCAAUUUUAUACAUCUGAUUUUACAGUAUUCUGUUCGUGAUGUACUACUACUAGAAAGGGAUGAGCCAUAUAAAUUAUUUUCCUUCCUGUUGGUGCCCUUGGUGGUGUAUUUGCUAACACGAGAGGAAUAGCAAGUCUAUAAGCUUUCUUAAAGUGUUCUUACUAGUCUUUGAUAUUUUUAAACUGAUAGAUUAAAGUAAGUAACUUUGUGUAGGAGAUGUUUAUUCUACCAGAGUGAAUUGGAAGUAUUGGAUAAACGUUAUACCUAUUUUACAGUUUUCUGUAUUUUUUCUAAGCUCAAACAUUAGACAUUCAAUUUGACAUCUCUACUUCCAAGAUAUUUGUAUCCAGAUUUUAAAAUUUUGUUUAUUUUGUGUAUAUUACUCAUACAGAUACUUUAACAUAUUUAUAUACUAUUCUAUAUCUGUGAGAAUAUACAAGUGAUCUUUUGACUUAUUAUGGCACUUUACACUGCCACAGAGGUAAUAAGUAUAUGUAGAUGUUUAUUCCAUUAAAAAUACAUACAUCAUUUUGCUAUCACCAGUACCUCUCAGCUUAUUAUUCGGGUGAUAAGAAACUCUACAUAGAUUGGCUCCCACAUAGGGAAGCUCUUUAUCCUAUGCAAUAUUUCUAAUUAUUUAGUUCUGAGCCAUCAACUUUACUACAUUUUAAAAGAUCUGACAUCGGGGCUUCAUUUUUAUGUGAGCUUUCAAAGGAAACUGGUUCUGCAUGCCAUUACUUUAUAUAGUGGUGUAAUGCAUAUAAGCUAUAAGUACAUGUAUUAGCCAUUUGUUCUAAAUGUCAACAAAAUGUUCACCAGUACGAGAAUAUACAUUUUCUCUUUUGAAUACCAAAUGUGUUUUAUACAACAAAUGUAUAAAAGAUUAUUUCACCUUUGUCAUUUCUGAUACAACUUCUUACUUAAACUUGAUCUUCUUGCAAAUUGUUGUCCAGUUGAACGGUCCUCAGGUGUUUAUAAUACUAUGUCUUAUCAUCUUCGGAUGUAAAGAAUACAAUAAAUAACCACAGCAAGCAA